AUGCCCAUAAACGAUAAAUCCGGUGUUUCAGGCGGUGUAACUUGGGUUACGAGUACAGUUGGCAACGGUAUAUCAGGCCUCACAAACACCGUCGGAGGCGUCGUUGGUGCGGUUGGAAGGGGAGUAGGAGAAACUAUUCAUGGUGUUACUGGGGAUGCUGGUAAACCCGUAAGCAACGGAAUCAAAGAUGUAAGCGAGGGGAUAGAAGGAGGAGCGGCGAGAGUAGCAAGGGGAAUUAAGGAUGCUGGGGAGGGACAACAUGGACCUUUGAGAUGA